CCCGUGCGCAGCGUGAGCCUGUGUGACCGCCCUACUAGAGAACUACACUUCCCAGCAAGCCGCGGGCUGCCGCGCAUGCGCACCGCGCGCUUUCAGCAUGGCCACGGUGCUGUCCCGGGCGCUGAAGCUGCCAGGAAAAAAGAGCCCGGACCUAGGGGAGUAUGACCCCCUCACUCAGGCUGACAGCGAUGAGAGUGAAGAUGACCUUGUGCUCAACUUGCAGAAGAAUGGGGGAGUCAAGAACGGGAAGAGCACCCUGGAGGAGGUGCAGGACCCAGACUCAGAAGUGGAGGUCGAGGUGACAAAGCAGCGGCUGUCAGAGAGUGCCGCAGAUGGGUACCCUGCAGAGGCCACUGGCAGCCUGGAGCAGAAGGCAGCCUCCUCCCUGAUGCCUUACCUGCGCACAGCAGUCUUUUUGCUUACCAUGGUUAUCUCCAUGAUUCUGGUGCUGGUGUGCGCCUUUCUCAUUCCCUGUCCUCCUAGAGACUUGCAUAACACCUGGAACCGCAACCUAGGCCAGGAAGCAGGUGGAGUGCUGUUCCCACUGGAGCUCUCCGAUGUGAAUGGUGAUGGACUCCCGGACAUCCUACUCUCCUUCACAGCCCUGAUGAAUGCUAGCGUAUUGGGUGUUUCUAGGCCAUCGGUAACUGUGAUGGCCCUUUCGGGUAUGAACGGUAGCACCCUGUGGUCCAGCCAUAUUCCAGAAGAGACGCGGAGUGUGCAGUGUAAAGGACUGACUCUCACAGCCCCAGCUGAGCCUGUCUGCCUUGUGACUGGAACAUCCAAAUUCCUCAGCCUUCUCCAGGCCUCCUCAGGGAAAACCAUCUGGACACUGAACCCAGCCCACCUGCCAAGUGGGACCCUGGCUGCACCAGCCGUCAUGCUGCCAGAUUUGGAUGGGGAUAAGGUUGGAGAUCUGGUGGUUCUGGCCAUCGGAGAGACCCAGCCAGACCUGUGCUUUAUCCUGGUAUCGGGUAAGACGGGAAACCCUCUGGGUGGGCCCGUGAAGUACAGCAUCAAUGGAGAAGGAAAACUGAUCGGCCCCCAAGCCCAUGUUACCAGCCAAGGAGCCAUCUAUAUCCUGUUUGGCUUUGGUAAUGUCCAAGCAGUCGCCCUGAGGGAUCUCUUUGCCCAAGCCAGAAACCGUGACAGCUUCCCUCCUGUGCUGCAGCGGGAGGAGCCAGAGUGGGAGAAGCGCAGAUCUGUCAACUUAUCGGAGCUCAUUGACAUUUACAGCGGGGGCGUUGAGUUCCUGCAGAUGGUGACGACUUCAGAUACUAACUGCAGCGACCUCCUCAUCACCACAAAACACAACCUGACUUUGCUGCGAGGAGAGGACCUGGAGCCCCGCUGGAACCUGGAGCUGCAGGACAUUCACAGCCAGCCUGCCCCUGGCUACUUCAAUGCUGACCAAACCCUGGACUUCAUGGUGCAGGCUCAGCGCAAUGACAAUAUGAAAAAGAUGCUGGUGGUGGAUGGUAAAUCAGGCCUCCCUGUUUGGAGCUAUGAUCUCCCGUGUCACAUGCAGGAAUCUGAUGCACUGUCAGUGAUGACUUUGGAGAAGAAAUCUGUUUUUCUCUUCUGGGCUGACGAAAUGCAGCCUGCACUACAAAACUUGGAGCCUGGCCCAAGAAACAAGCGUCCAGGGCUACACCACCUCUACCUCCUGCACCCUACCUUUUCUACCCUCCUUUUGGACCUCACCAAUGUAACAGACACAGUGACUGCUUCAGCCAUUGGAAUUAACGAUCUCCAAAAAGAUGCGUUUUACAUCACCAUGACAACGAGCCCGACCUCCGAAAACCAGCCGGGCCUGUUGUUGGUCAGCAAGCUGGGCCUGCGGUGGGCCAUGCUCACUCAGAGCCGAAUGGUGCCACUGAGGGAGCACACCCCAAAAAUCAGCCGUGGGGAAGUGAGGAGAUUCCUCUCCAGACUGAAGUUUAUUGAUUUUCCUCACAAGUUCUAGCAUGUUGCCCCGUCAGGUUUCAAUAGCCAGGUGGACGUGUGGUCUGGGUGGGGCACGGGGAGCUGCUCGGCGAUUCCUCAGGACAUCCGCUGUGCCCAGGGAGUGGGGACUGAGCACUCUGUCCCCCGCUUGCUGUGGAAUGGCAGGGCCGGAUUUGCCAUUGUCAUACGCCACCACUGGGAGCAACUGUUUGUGACCCUUUCCCCCACACACACCCUGCCUGCAUGCAUCCUUCCGGGUAACAUGGCAAUGAGAAGGCAGAGAGGUAGAGCUGUGAAUAGAAAUGUGUAUAUUUUUGUAUGUUUAAUUUAUGAACUGGUUCCAGGAAGCUCCCAUUUGUGUCCAACCAGCAUUUCCUGCCAUUCUGCACUAAUCUCUGUAUUUUUGUAGUGGAGCCUCUGCCUGGCUCAUGUAUGUCAGGACUCCGCCAGUUGUCCUACCUCUUUAUUUUACAGUCACCAGAGCACUCCCCUUUUCCAUGUCCAGUUCCCAGUCUCCUGAACUGUCCAGCCCUCUGUGACCUUGGCAGGUUGGGAUUGUGCGCUGCAGAGGAGAAAGGUUCCACACCCCCAUUCCAAUUGCCCCUCCCAACCGGGUUGAAGUGGUUGGUGGAGAGGGUCGCCCUUUCCCCUUGCUUUGUUUGCAGGCCCAGAGCUCCAUAGAAACAUGCCCAGUAUUCACAAGAACAUCACAUCAUUUGUAUCCCAAAGCAAAUUUGUUACCUGAAGCGGGCCAGAUCCUCUGGUACAGACGAGUGCAGCCACUUUGUGCGGUGCCUCAGGCAGAUUCUAGCCUGGAGAUGUGGCCCCAGGAAUAUCUCACCAAUGUGAAGUGGUUCCUCAGAUGGUGUAGACCCUUUUCUGCACCCCCCCCCCCCCGCUUCGUGCAUAGGAGGAGGGGCUGGAGGCAAGAGGUGGAGCCAGGAGACCCUUUCCUGAACUGAUCCCCAGCUGCAGGUUUGGUCCUUUGUGACCAUCGCCAGGUGGCAUAAGCUAGAAUAGCCAGAAGGCUGCUCUGACUUAAUACUGGGGGCCUGUGCUACUCACAGCUGCCCCAGAAUCAAGAGAGGGUUAAGGUAGGCUUUAUAUUAUCACUCUCCCCCCGACCUCCUAUGCAAAAGCCAAAAGCCGGAUCUGUCCCCAGUAUGUUUUAAUUCUUUGAAAUGUAACCUCUGUGUCUCAGGGCGUGCAAUGGCCUGUGUCUGUAAAGCCUCCUGUGACAUCGUGACAACACCUUCUUGGUGACGUCUGGCCCCUA